UUGACAUUCUGCGCGAAUAGAAGUUUCUCGGCCUUUCACUCAGAGCGAGAAGUCAGGCAGCGAUGGUUUGGAGAAAUCUGGAGCAAAUUAGACUCACGGCCAAAGAAUUAGGGAAUUUGGCAUUCUCGCUUGUGAAAAUCCCCUUUUCUCUUCAUGUCACUGUUGCCUAUGGCCCGAGCAUGCUUCCGACAAUAGGUCCGAUGGCUACCUUUUUAUUGGCCGAAAGGAACUCCCCACGUUUUGGUAAAGUUGAGCGCGGGGAUAUUGUCGUUGUGCAGUCACCUGAAAACCCUCAAAAGUUCAUAGUCAAGCGCUUGCUUGGAUUGCAGGGUGAUAGUGUCACAUUCCUUGUGGAUCCUAAGAACAGUAAUAAACGCAAGACUGUAGUGGUCCCCAAGGGACACGUUUGGCUAGGGGGAGAUAACAUAUAUAAUUCCAGGGAUUCAAGAUAUUUUGGUCCUGUUCCUUGUGAUCUUCUUCAUGCCAGGGUCUUCUGGAGGGUAUGGCCACUUGGGGAUUUUGGACCCAUGGGUAAAAACUGAUCGAAGAUUUCAGCUUUGUGAAGCACAGUUCCUUAGCAAU